ACGGCACGGCACGGCUCAGCGUCUCAGACACAUUACAGGGAGGAGAGAAAGAGAGAGGAGCGGUGAGCCGCAUCAGCGCCGCCGCUGCGUACGAAACAAACCACCCGUGUUGUGUGUCAACAGACAGCCGGCGGCCAGCGCUUAACCCUCGCGCUCCGUCUUUGGAUUUAACUGUGGCGUCUGCUGCAGCUGCAAGGAGGUUGACCAGAGCCGGUGGAGCCACUGCAGCAGGGAGGUUAGGAGCGGAGGGGUGAGUCAGCGGAGGCGGAGAAGCAUCAGAGACACCCGUCCGAACACCGGGACCCCGCCCGCAGCCUCCACCCGCUGCGCUGGAGCUCACGGACGGUCGCAGCUGUCAUCCAGGGCGCUGUCCUGCUCUGUGCCCCCUGAAUCAUUCAGGGCCCCCCUCCACCAAAGGCACCAGCAACGGAUAUGAUCCCUCACUGGCUUCUCACCACUCAACACAGGCAAUUGAGUUGAAGAGAUGCCAAUAAUGGAGAUGAUGGAAAGACCCAUCUGGUGAGGAGUGAAUGAAAGAAGGACGGAGGAAAGGAAAAAACGCACGGACAGCAAGAGGCCAAAGAAGGAGAGAAACAAGUCCAACAGAGGGGAACGAAAAGGAAACAGGAGGAAAGGAAACGGGGAGGGCGGGGAAGAUGUGAAGAGCUGCAAGAAGAGCGACGGAGUUUGAGGACCGAUAGAAACAGGAAGUGCUAGAGGGAGGAAGCACACAAAGUCCUGAAGGAGACGGACGGGAUUGAAAGUGAACGGACAGAGCACAGGACAGAGGAGCUGAGAGCUAGGAGGGGAAAGCGAGGGACUGCUUGAGGGAGGGAAGAAGCAUCUGGAUGGUCUCCACGGCGACGGCCGGCAGGUUACCCCCCACCCGAAGAUGGCCUCCAACUUCAACGACAUUGUCAAGCAGGGCUACGUGCGCAUGCGCAGCCGCAAGCUGGGGAUCUAUCGGCGUUGCUGGCUGGUGUUCAAGAAGUCAUCGAGCAAAGGACCUCGUCGUCUGGAGAAAUACCCUGAUGAGAAGUCUGCCUACAUCAGAGCCUUUCCUAAGGUGACAGAGAUUAGCAACGUCAAGAAUAUCACGCGGUUGCCUCGAGAUACCAAGCGACAGGCGGUGGCCAUUGUGUUUACAGACGACACCGCACGCACCUUCACCUGUGAAUCAGAGCUGGAGGCAGAGGACUGGUUUAAGACGCUGUCAAUCGAGUGUCUGGGGACACGGCUCAAUGACAUCAGUAUGGGAGAGCCGGACCUCCUGGCUGCCGGAGUGCAGUGUGAACACACAGAGCGCUUCAACGUGUUCCUCCUGCCCUGUCCCAACCUGGACAUCUACGGGGAGUGCAUGAUGCAGAUCACCCACGAGAACAUCUACCUGUGGGACAUUCACAACCCCCGCACCAAGCUGGUCACCUGGCCGCUCUGCUCCCUGCGGCGCUACGGACGCGACGCCACCCGCUUCACCUUCGAAGCCGGAAGGAUGUGUGACAGCGGUGAAGGCCUCUACACCUUCCAGACCAGAGAGGGAGAGCAGAUCUACCAGAGGGUCCAUUCCUCUACGCUGGCUAUUGCAGAGCAGCACAAGAAGGUCUUGCUGGAGAUGGAGAAGAACAGCAGGUUGAUGUCUAUGGGUUCAGAGCCUGGCUCCUACCCAUGCACCCCCACCGCCAUCCUGCCACGAUCUGUCUACUGGCACCACAUCACUGGAAACCAGACCGGCAUGGAUGGCAGCGGUGAUGCUGCAGAGGACGACCUGCUGUCCACCCGCCUGCCACCGGACCAUCACGCCACGCUGCCCCUGGCAAAUGCACAUGCACAGUCCCAGUCGCACAUACACACACAAUCAAUGACACACUACCCCACCUACCCUAGACAGUGACACACACACAUACACGUAAGAAGGUACGGACGUUGAAAAUGACGCAGAGACAAAUAAAACACGUGCAUACAUGCAUGCAGGCCCACACAAUUCACACACACACACACACGCACACUGAAAGAAACACACGCUGUUCCCUCCUUAUUUAAGUUUUACAGCCCAACGUCACACCUCACAAGAGAUGGUGUAGGCAGGACUGACACUGGCCAACACACCAUGCUGAAUGCAGGAAGUGAAAACUAAAUCCAGCGAAAGACUGCGAGGAGAUAGAGCUUCCUUACAUGACUGCAGCUCCUACAAUUCCACAGGAGGCGGGGGGGUAUUUGACGUUUUUCCACACUCAGGGUGAGAAACUCCGGCAGAUUGGCAUGUAUUGCCUACUGUUUAAAUGUGCAAUGUGUAGGGGAAAAAAGAAAAGAAAACACUCAAAAAAUGAAUCAACAGAACGUGAAGAGGUGACGUUGUAUGCAAAGACGUCUACGUAUUGUGUUGCAGAGAUAUCUGCUGAAAUGAGCAUGCUAACCAGCUACAGUUACCUCGCAUUCAACAGCACAAACCCCAGCGCCGGGAGUCACAUCAGGCCAGAUGAGCGCUGGGUCUAACUUGUGUAACGGGGGAAACAGAAUGUUUGCUGAUCCGGCGGGGAGCAUGGUUUGGGCAGUCCACUGGAAUCAGUCCCCCCAAUUACAGUUGCUACAAUUCUGCAAAUCUGCAGAAUUUUUGCCACUCUGGAUUUAAUCAAACAAACUACCAAAGUGCACACAGACCGUACAGCUCCUAGUUAGUGGCACAGUAAACAAAAAAAAUUGCUAUUUAUUUUUCAAUAACAGAGGACUUUAAACUUAGACUGCAUCGACCAAGUAGUAGAGGAGAAAUGCUGCCACCUAUUUGUUUGGAGCGGGUGGGCCACAUCUUACAGAUUGCACCUUUAAACCA